AUGUCUGGCGAACCCACUAUGGCUGAGAUUGAGAAGUUCGGUAAAUUAAAAUUGAAGAAGACAGAGUCUCAAGAGAAAAAUCCACCCCUUUCAAAAGAAAUGAUAGGACAGGAGAAGCAAGCAGGCAAAUCAUAG